AUGAAAAAGCUUUUUUUGAUAUGACUUUUGGCUGUAUGUGCAACUGCUUCUGAAUGUAAUUGCUCGACUGGUUCUGUUAGUGGAGUAGACUGUGACCCUUCAUGCUUUCCUGAAUCUUGCCAGUAUUGAUCUAAUUGCACUAAAAGUUCAAGUGAUAAUGACAGUUCAAAUGGCUGGAUUGGAGGGAUUUUGGCACUCGCCACAGGGGUCGUUAUGUAAAAUCUAUUUAGAUUUUUGUGCUGCUGCUGUUGUUGCUGGAAAAUGAUAGCGAGAAUCAAAAAAUAUCGCAAUGAAUGGGAGAAUAAUUGGGCAAAUGAAAAUGGAAAUCCACGGUCUCAUUCGUCAGAUUCUGAAGUGUUAUUAACGCAAAGUAUGAUUAAUAAUCAUGUGCAAGUAGAAUAUUAUGGGGACUCAGUAGAGUUUAAAGGGCAGUCUGUUUGCAGUGUGUGCUUGGCAGAUUUUAAAACGGGGGAAGCUAUUAGGGUGACGGUUUGUAAACAUAUUUAUCAUGUAGCAUGAUAUAUAUAAAAUGGUAAUGACAGACGGCCGACUUCCUGACCUUAUUUCUUCAAAACCUGCAGACAACAGCACAGAGUGAAGGGGAAGGGCAAAAAGAGGUCAGUAUCUUUGUGAAUGUCGUGCUAGGUUUUUAUCUGGCCCUAGGAGUGGGAAUUUGAGUUUUAAUUCGAGAUAUUCUUUGGAAAGGACAAAAUCAGCAAAAGCCCCAAGUGGAAGAUAAUUGUUUUGGCCCGCUCAAGAGGGGACAUCUACUUUACUAGAAGCUGGAGUCUCGACCCAGGUGGUGGGUUCAUAUGCCCCAGGAGUAAUAGAAGUCAAGAGUGGUCGUGCGAGUCCCUUUUUCUGCAGCGGUAUCUACCAGGGUCCAUCGAGGACAAUGAGCAUGCAGGAAUGGAAUCUCCUGUCCUGUCGAAGACGAAGAGCUUAAUUUAAUUUAAUUUAAUCAUGUAGCAUGCUUAGAUGCGUGAUUAUUGACCUGCCAUCGUGCAAAAUGCCCUAAUUGCAAUUUUAUCAUUAUUGAGCAAUAA